AUGCGUCGCGGCGCCCAGACAUGGUUAGGUCCUUUUUGGUAUUUCAUCGUCGUUUCGAAACAAGAUUCACAAGUAAAUGUCUAUUUCAAACUGAUAGACGCGUUUGCGGAAUAUCUCUAUCUCUUCGUGUCCGUUUUUAGCAAUCAAAUUACGAGUCACACCAUAUCGUAUCCCAAUUCGAGGGUUACGCUCCGGCCUCGCAAAGACAAUAGAGCUCCACCUCGGCAUACCACAACACCAUCACAACUGUCGUCAGCUUCUUCAGGGACGUGGCUGCUUCGAGCUGAGAUCGAAUACCUCCAAGUCCAAAAUUUCAGUGCCCUAUUACUCGCCUCAUAA